AUGGACGACAUUGAUGAAAAUUUCUUGGAAAGACAUGGUCUUGUGCGUACACAUCGAGGUAAUAGACGAAGACGAGCUAGAACAAUUGCAAAUCGUGUAAACCGAACAAGAAAUGUUGAUAAUAAUAGAGAAUAUUUAUUUAAUAUGCGGGACAGAUUGUUUCAAGCUAUAUUUCAGAGAGCAACAAUGACGUACGCUAAAACCAUACCAAAAACUAUGCGACGUACAAUAGAAAUAUUUCUUUUGCUAAAAGCUCUCCUGGCUUUCUUUAGUCUCAUUUACAUCCACUUUCAAUUCUCUAAAAAUUCUGCAAUAACUUUGAAUUCAGUGGUAAAAAAUUGGCCAGAAACUGGUAUUUUGCGAUUGGAAUUAUCAGAUGAUUUAUCUUAUGUACAAGAAACUGACAGUGACCUAAAAUUGUCUGAUUUGUGUAUGAAAGUGUUUCAAACUAAGAAAAAUCCAUCAAAAAUCAGGAGCAGAUAUACUCUGAAUCCGCAUGGUUUGAAAACCACGUGCUUUCGUAAUAAUACUAAUAAUGUGUUGCAAAAUAUGACCAAUAUAAUAAACGAAUUGUUGCUAGAGAACUUAAAAAGUGAACACAUAGUCGAAUAUUCCAUUGAGCAAGGAUUGUUGAGAUUAAGCGAUGAAUUGCGAAAAAAAUUCAAUGUCCCUGUACUACGUGUUGUUAUCAAUGCCAGUAAUGACGAUUGUUUUGGAAGCACUGUGUCACGUGUCCUAAUAGAAGAAUAUUUAGGAUAUGAUGAUUUCCUUACGUCCGUCCUGAAAAACGUAGCAAGGAGCCAUGGGUCCAAUGUUGAGCACGAAACUCGGAGAAGACAUCAGAGUCGUCUAUAUAUGGAACAACAAGUCGAGAGGGCUAGAAAUGUAAUUGCAUCAGCUAAUGAGGUUGUCAGAAUGGAAAUGGAAAAUCGGGUUGUAGAAACCCAAAGUGUUGGUACAGAGACUGAUCCAGAUGGAGAGAUUGUUGGAGAUUAUACUUUACUUCUUACAGUGGAAAGAUAUGACCAUAAUGCUGAAUCUUCCCUGGGAGAAGAAAUUCCAGAACUGGACAAUUACACGGCCCUCCACAUAGCUGUAGAAGCUGCAAAACCAGCAGUGGUCGAAACCCUUCUAGGUUAUGGAGCUGAAGUUCAUGUCCGAGGCGGUAAACAACGCGAAACUCCGCUGCAUAUUGCCGCUCGUGUUCCUGAUGGUGACCGAUGCGCCCUGAUGCUCCUAAAAUCAGGAGCAGCGCCAAACCAUGCCACUGAAGACGGAUAUACUGCUUUGCACGUGGCUGCACAACAUGGUAAUUUGGCGACUUUGCUUCUGUUGUUGGAGGAUGGGGGUGAUCCAUUGUGUAAAUCUAAAAAUGGAGAAACACCACUGCAUUUAGCAUGUCGGAGUUGCAAAGCAGAUAUCGUGAAACAUUUGAUAGAUUUGGUAGAAGCAAAACAUGGAGCAGAAAUAGCCACAAAUUACAUUAAUUUAACAAAUGAUGAAGGUGCAACAGCUUUGCAUUGUGCUUGCAACAUCAGUUCUGACAAGGUUGAAAUACCUGGUUCAGACAAAGAAAUCGUCCGAAUACUAAUAAUGCACGGAGCAGAUGUAUCACUGGUAACCCGUCCUGGUCAGGAAUCAGCGUUUCAUUACUGUGCAAUGGCAGGAAACAACGAUAUUAUGUCUGAAAUGAUAGCACACAUGUCAGCCACCGAUAUCCAAAAAGCCAUGAAUAGACAGUCUGCAGCAGGUUGGACGCCACUGCUAAUCGCCUGCAACAGGGGUCAUAUGGAAUUAGUUAAUAAUCUUUUGGCAAAUCAUGCGAGGGUAGACGUUUUUGAUAUUGAAGGCAGAUCUGCUUUACAUCUGGCAGCAGAACAUGGUUACCUACAGGUUUGUGAUGCUUUGCUAACGAAUAAAGCAUUUAUUAAUUCAAAGUCUCGAGUUGGACGAACAGCUCUUCAUUUAGCUGCAAUGAAUGGUUUUGCGCAUUUAGUUCGAUUUUUAAUUCGGGAUCAUAAUGCUGUGAUAGAUAUUUUAACACUGAGGAAACAAACGCCACUUCACCUUGCUGCUGCUAGUGGUCAACUUGAAGUUUGCAAGUUACUCUUAGAUCUCGGAGCCAACAUAGAUGCAACCGACGACUUAGGUCAAAAGCCCAUUCACGUAGCCGCGCAAAAUAAUUUUUCAGACGUUGCCAAAUUAUUUCUCCAAAGACAUCCAGUAUUAGUGACAGCUACGAGUAAGGAUGGAAAUACAUGUGCCCACAUAGCAGCCAUGCAAGGAAGUGUUCGUGUGAUAGAAGAAUUGAUGAAGUUUGAUAGGAACGGAGUGAUUUCUGCUCGAAAUAAAAUAACAGAUUCAACACCAUUGCAAUUGGCUGCAGAAGGUGGCCACGCAGAGGUUGUUAAAGCUUUAGUUAGAGCAGGAGCAUCAUGUACGGAAGAAAACAAAGCUGGUUUUACAGCUGUUCAUCUUGCUGCACAAAAUGGACAUGGUACUGUUUUAGAAGUUAUGAGAUCAACAAAUUCUCUCAGAAUAUCUAGUAAAAAGUUAGGAUUAACACCUCUGCAUGUUGCUGCUUAUUUUGGACAAGCAGAUACCGUUCGUGAAUUGUUAACUCAUGUACCUGGAACUGUAAAAUCUGACGCCCCAACUGGAACUUCACUUGUUGGAGAAUUAGGUGCAGAAUCUGGUAUGACUCCGCUUCAUCUUGCAGCUUAUUCAGGAAAUGAAAACGUUGUCAGAUUACUUCUGAAUUCUGCUGGUGUGCAAGUCGAUGCUGCUACAACUGAAAAUGGUUACAAUCCUUUACAUCUGGCAUGUUUUGGAGGACACAUGUCUGUCGUAGGUCUUCUUCUGAGUAGAUCUGCAGAACUUCUACAUAGUGCAGAUAGACAUGGAAAAACUGGUCUCCAUAUAGCAUCCACACAUGGUCAUUAUCAAAUGGUAGAAGUUUUAUUGGGACAAGGGGCUGAGAUCAACGCGACGGACCGAAAUGGCUGGACGCCCUUGCAUUGUGCCGCUAAGGCUGGAAGAUUAGAGGUUGUUAAGUUGUUAUGUGAAUCAGGAGCAUCACCGAAAAGUGAAACAAAUCACGGUUGCGCUCCUAUUUGGUUUGCGGCUUCCGAAGGUCACAAUGAAGUUUUAAAGUAUCUAAUGACUAAAGAGCAUGACACCUAUGGUCUAAUGGAAGAUCGUAGAUUUGUAUAUAAUUUAAUGGUCUGCUCAAAAAAUCAUGGGAAUAAACCUAUAGAAGAAUUUGUCCUGGUUAGCCCAGCGCCAGUGGACACAGCUGCCAAAUUGUCAAAUAUUUAUAUGAAUUUAUCAACUAAGGAAAAAGAACGAGCCAAAGAUUUGAUUGCUGCAGGAAAGCAAUGCGAAACGAUGGCGACUGAAUUAUUAGCUCUAGCAGCAGGAGCAGAUUCUGCUGGUAGGGUAUUGACAUCAACAGAUCGAAUGAAUACAGAAUUUUUGGACGUGCUCAUCGAAAAUGAACAAAAGGAAGUUAUUGCUCAUACAGUUGUACAGAGGUAUCUUCAGGAACUCUGGCGAGGAUCACUCACCUGGCCGGCGUGGAAAAUCAUGUUGCUGUUUUUCGUUUUCAUCAUAGUGCCACCAGUUUGGGUGGUAUUCACUUUACCAUUAGGACAUAAAUAUAAUAAAGUACCAAUAAUAAAAUUCAUGUCAUACUUGACAUCGCACAUAUACCUCAUGAUACAUCUUAUGAUUGUUGGCAUCACACCUAUUUAUCCAGUCGUCCGAGCUAGUCUUCUACCAUAUUGGUAUGAAUGGGGACUUUUAAUAUGGCUCAGUGGUUUACUUUUGUUUGAACUCACAAAUCCAAGUGAUAAAUCAGGAUUGGGUUCCAUAAAAUUGAUGGUCUUACUUUUUGGAAUUUGUGGUGUUGGUGUGCACCUAUCAGGAAUAGUUUUCGUAGAAAAACAAUAUUGGGCAACAUUGAUGUAUUGCCGAAACCAGUGCUUUGCACUAUCAUUUCUUCUGGCUUGUGUGCAGAUUCUAGAUUUUUUAUCCUUCCAUCAUCUUUUUGGACCUUGGGCUAUAAUCAUUGGAGAUUUGCUCAAAGACUUGGCAAGAUUUCUUGCUGUAUUAGCAAUCUUCGUGUUUGGUUUCUCCAUGCACAUUGUUGCACUGAAUCAGCCUUUUGAGAAUAAAUUGUCUCCAGAUGCCAUUAGAAAAUUAAAUCGCCAGGAUAAAGGAUAUUUUAGCGACGGUUCUAAGGAGAGAGUGCCUCGAUCUACUGAUGCAGAAUGGUUGCCUGAUUGGCAUAAUACCACUAGAACCUAUUAUUACGGACACUAUCGACGAAAGCACAGACCAGGGACCAAGAUGACCCCGAUAGAUGCAUUCGAGAAACUCUUCUUUGCUGUUUUUGGCCAGACAACACCUGAUGACCUCAACUACGUCCCUGAGAGCAGACCCGAAUGGACCCAAGCUUUAUUCAAAAUUGUUUUUGGAGUUUAUAUGCUCGUCAGCGUUGUAGUUCUUAUAAAUCUUCUCAUUGCUAUGAUGUCUGAUACAUAUCAACGUAUACAGGCUCAAUCUGAUAUCGAAUGGAAGUUUGGAUUAUCAAAACUGAUUCGAAAUAUGCAUCGGACGAGCACUGCACCUUCACCACUAAAUCUUAUAACCACGUGGUUCAUAUGGAUAGUAAACGCUUGCAAGAUGAAGAUGACCAAGAAAAAGAAACCAAGUUUGAUUCACAUGAUGAGCGGAAUGCAGAGGUCGCAGGGAAGUCCGAGGACAAAAGCUGGUGCCAAAUGGUUAUCUAAGGUUAAGAAAGGACAAGUUGGGCCAAAAGGAGAGCCUGUAGCCUUGUCAGUCGUCCACCUGAGUCCACUCGGAUCUCAGGUGAGUUUCACGGCGAACACAAUGCGCAUCGAAAACGUCGCCGAUUGGGAGGCAAUUUCAAAAAGGUACCGAACUUUGUGGGGACUUGAUCCAGAGGAAUCUUCCAUCAAGGAAUCUGAAGACACAACGUCUAUGGUCACUGAAACUGCAGGACAUAAUAAUAUUAAUGCUGUUAAUGCUAUCAAUCCUAUGAAUGCUAUUACGACGGCGACAACUUAA